GCAAUUCUAAUGCUUAAAAAAGCCUAUAUUUGAUGUGAGCUUUUUUCAUACCGGACAUUGUACAUGCACUUCAAGCUCCCCAGAAAAAAUCUGCACGUUACACGUCUGGAAACUGGUGCUGCUUACUGAACGCCGCAGGCACUUCUGUGUUUUUUUAAAUCCAAGCAGUUCUCCAGUGAUUUCUAUUAAACUGCCCACAAUUAAUAUAGUGAUGGCCAGCUCAGAGAAAUUGCAGGGUCUCGUAAAAGUUAAAAAGACCUAUCUUUGAUUCAUUCAUUUAUGUCUGACUCUGAUAAGACCAAAGUUUACGACAUUAUUACAAAGCAAAAGGAUUUAGAAUUCUAUCGAGAGAAUGUGAAUAGUAUAAAGAAUCUACAGAAGGAGGCAGGUUCAAAGCCAGACCGAUCAGCCAGAAAGUAGCUUUUAGAGUCUUCCUGUUACGGAAGAAAUUGCUUCUUUUCAGGCUUCUCCCACUCUGGGCUAAAUUGCUGCAAGUGGGCAUCCCUAAUAUGAAGAAAAUGAGGCCAUAUGAUCAGCAGGGUGUAGAUGAAAUUACGAGGAAGCUUCCACAGCGUGUGCAAUGGCUUUCCUGGUUAGCUAAACAAGGCAGCUACAUAGCCCGCCGAAGCAACGACACAGUUAAUCGCACUCUCAUAUCAUGGCUAAUGCCUAAGGUUCCUGCAAGUGACACGCCUGACCGCGGAGUAUAUGCCAAAGACGCCGUCAUAGACAGCGUUACGGGCGUUUGGGUCCGUCUGUAUGUUCCGGUGCCGGAAGACAACGAAUCAGAGGAGCUGCCAGUGGUGGUGUAUUUUCACGGCGGCGGAUUUUGCGUGUUGUCCGCCGCCGAUAAGAACUACGAUGUUUUCUGCCGGCAACUGGCGAAACGGCGGCGGGCGGCGGUGGUGUCGGUGGAGUACAGGCUGGCGCCGGAGCACAAGUUUCCCGCCGCUUACGAUGACUGCUUUGCAGCGCUGACGUGGCUUGCAAGCAGUGAGGGUGAGAUUUUCUUGCCACGUAAUGCUGACCUGUCACGUUGCUUUCUGAUGGGAGAUAGCGCGGGCGGGAACAUUGUCCACCACGUAGGAUGCCGCGUGGCGGAAGGCACACAAGAUCUGGGAUUGCUGAGAAUUGUUGGGCACGUGCUCAUUCAGCCAUAUUUUGGCGGCGAGGAAAGAACGGCUUCGGAAAUCAAGCUAACGAAAGUGCCGCUGGUUACAUUAGAGACUAGUGACUGGUUUUGGCGGGCGUUUUUGCCCCUCGGGGCCAGCAGAGACCAUCCUGCCGCUAAUGUGAUGGGUGUAAAUUCUCAUGACAUUUCAGCGGUGAAACUUCCGCCAAGUUUGGUGGUGAUUGGUGGACUUGAUAUCCUUCGUGAUUGGCAGCAGCGCUAUUUUGAAUACUUACAGAUGAUGGGAAAAGAGGCGGAGCUUUUGUUCUACGAAAAUGCUAUCCAUGCCUUUCACUUGAUGCCCUAUCCUUUGUCUUCUCACUUCAUUCAGGAUCUCUCUGUGUUCAUGGACAGAUUAUGAAAAGGAGAGCUUUUCUGGUUUUUUCCUUUCUUUCUGUUUUCCAUCAAUUGUUUCAAAAAUUGAAGUCUACGGAAGUUACUGUUU